CGACAAGUAUUUCAGCUUCCAGACUCAGGCAGCUUCACCUUACAAGGAGCACUCAAAAUCACUAUUAAAAGAUGACAGCCUCCACACAAAGGACAGUGUUGUCGCUCUACAUGCGAGUGUUUCGCAUCGCACGAACCUGGCAAGCGCAAAGUGGAGUGGCGAGUGACACACUAACUGAGAGGAAGUAUAUACUUCAGGAGGCCCGAACAUUGUUCAGACAGAACCAACAGAUGACUGAUUCAGAAUCAAUAAAGAAAUGUAUUGAAGAAUGUGAAGCACGGAUAGAAAUUGGGCUACAUUACAGAAUCCCAUAUCCUAGGGCUACGUACCUGCCGCCACUUGGGCUGGCCACUCAGAAAGGGAGGAAGCUGCGAGCGCAGCAGCGCUUGAGGAAGCAGGCCAAGCCAAUUUAUUUGGAGUCACACGAGGAGACCUGACGAGCCGAAUUGGAAUGGAGAACUGAACUCGAUAGGGUGCAAGCGUUAUUUAUCAUUAAGAUGCUUACAUGUACUUUGUUAUUAUCUUAACACUCUUUAGCAUGCCGUGCCAUAUUGAGAACUAUUGUUUUAUUUGCCAAGAUGAAGACUGACUAACUCCUUCAGUGCCAUUGACGAUGAUAGACGUCCAAUCUUGGGGCUUUUUUCCAUCCUUCUGGUGUGAAUUUGAAUGAGUUGUCACUAGUAGAAGUCCAUCCAAUGAGAGUGUCUAGCGGCGUCAAUGGCAGCUAAAAUAUUACUAUGUCCAUCGCGAACGUGUACAGCACUGUAAGAGACCACGGUCUGUGACGGACUGUUACUCCCAAUUCAAAUGGAUUGGACGUCUUUCUGUCAAUGUCAGCCGAUGAGUAAAGGACAAAGUGGUUUUUGUAAAUACACAAAUUGCAAAUUUCUUGUAUAUUUUGUUUUAACAUUAAA